AUGUAAAGAAAGAAACAACACUGGAACAAUAUAUUUAGACUCCAGGAGUAGGGAGCAAAGGGGACUCAAACCAGAGCCAAGCAAGUUAGACUCCAUUCGCUCUAAAUUUUAAUGGAGCAAAUUAGGAAAGGCCAGAGGUUAAUACUCUUCCCGUUACCCUUUCAAGGCCAUAUAAACCCUAUGCUUGAGCUAGCUAAUGUUCUACACUUCAGAGGCUUCUCCAUAACCAUCCUCCACACCAACUUCAACUCUCUCAACCCUUCAAACCAUCCUCACUUCACCUUCCACUCGAUCCCUGAUGGCCUAUCCGAAACUGAGACCUCCACAAAAAGUCCCAUGCUCCUUGUUUCUUGUCUAAACAGACGCUGUCAUGAUCCUUUCCGAAACUGUCUAGCUAACUUGUUAUCCGAUGACGGUUCAGAGGAGCCUAUUGCUUGCUUAAUCACUGACCCUCUCUUUAACUUCACUCAAUCUGUCGCUAAGAGUUUUAAGCUUCCAAGGAUGCUGCUAAGAACAGGAAGUGUCACAUCGACUAUUGUUUAUGCCGCAUUUCCACUUCUAUGGGAAAAGGGUUACCUCCCGAAACAAGAAUCUCAACUAGAAGAGCCAGUAGUAGAGUUGCCACCACUCAAAGUCAAGGACCUUCCAACGAACUCUUGUGACCCAAAGAUAUUUUUGCAACUAAUAACUGAAUGGGGAAAUGUAAUCAAGACUUCAGAUGGAGUAAUUUUCAAUACUUCUGAAGAUCUUGAAGAACAAGCACUGCUUACAAUCCGACCAGACUUUCCCAUCCCAAUUUUCCCAAUAGGUCCAUUUCACAAAUGGUUCCCAACCUCCUAUACAAGUAGCUUAUUAUCAGAGGAUGAAAGUUGCAUUUCAUGGCUAAAUACUCAAGCACCAAAGUCUGUUGUCUAUAUUAGCUUUGGAAGCAUUGCUGCAGUAAAUGAAGCUCAAUUUUUGGAAAUAGCAUGGGGACUAGCCAACACCAAUCAGCCUUUCUUGUGGGUGGUUCGACCUGGAUUACUCCAAGGCUCUGAAUGGCUAGAAAAAUUACCUCAAGGGUACCUGGAGGCUUUAGAUGGGAAGGGUCACAUUGUGAAAUGGGCACCACAGAAAAAGGUGCUGGCUCAUCCAGCUGUGGGACUAUUCUGGACUCACAAUGGGUGGAAUUCAACAUUGGAGAGUAUUUCUGAGGGGGUGCCUAUGGUCUGUAUGCCAAUUUCUUGCGAUCAAAUGUUAAAUGCAAGAUAUGUGAGUGAUGUUUGGAGAGUAGGGUUGCAGUUAGAGAAGGGGAUCAAAAGAGGCGAAAUUGAGAUAACAAUUCGGAACCUGAUGACAGAGAAAGAAGGGGAAGAGAUCAAAGACAAAAUGUCAAAGCUUAAGGAGAAGACAAAUCUGUCACUCAGAGAAGGUGGCUCUUCAUACCAAUCUUUGGAUGGCUUGGUUAACCAUAUUCUAUCAUUAUAACGUCACUGGUUGAUCAAAAUGUACCAUAUUUUUAUCAUUAUUAAGUCACUGAUGUUUCAAAAUGUGUCUAUAAUAUGUAGUAUAUCAUCUAUAGGCCAAACAGAAAAACAGAAAAAGAAAGACAAGAAUAAUACAUCAAACUAAGGUUAGAUGACUUAGAUCCACAUAAGUAUUUAUAUGUAAUUCGCUCAAGGUUACACCUAGAGCUUACAAUUCAGGUCUAAUAGAUUACUUUCGUCAGCAUGAGUGACAAGUGCCUAUGAUUUGUAUGGCAUGUUCUUUUGAUCAAAUGAUGAAUGCAAGAUAUGUAACCAAACUUGGAAUGGGGUUGGGAGAGGCGACACUGAAAGCACCAUAUAAAGCUAAUGGUGGAGGAAGAAGGGGAACAGAUCAAAAACAGUGUUAAAGCAAGCUGAUGCAGAAGGUAAAUUUUUGCCUCAGACAAGGUGGCUCCUUGGAUGCCUUGAUCAAACACAUUUUAUCAUUCAUAUGACUUGUAUUUCCAGACUUAGAAUCAGUUAUUGAUUAAAAUGUGUAUGCAGGACUUUAGGUCAUCAUUUAAAAAAAAGGAAAAAGAAUGUGUGUGUGAUCUAGUAAUCUUUUUUAAAGUAAUUAUAGAUCAGGACUGAUAGUUCUACAAUG